CAGAAAUAACUGCUUGAAAAGCAUCGACGUAUUGAUUUAGCGCGUAUCUGAGGAAAUGUACAUGAUCUCCUCGUGUUUUUGGCAGAAGUAGAGCGUGACCAAAGGUUAUCAGAUUAGAUUUUAAAUUAGAUAUCGAUUGGGUUGAGAUUUGUGUAAAACCGAACUCUGAGGUAAAAUGUUUUAUUAUCCGAACGUGCUUCAGCGACACACUGGCUGCUUCUCUACUAUUUGGCUGGCAGCCACUAAAGGCAUCAGGAUUUCCAGAAGAGAGUAUCUCAAGGUCAACGUCGGGCGAACAUGUGAGGACAUUGUGGAUUACGUGAUGGUCCAGGUUCUUCCAGUCCAUCCCAGUCUUCCCCGGCCCCGUUUCUCUCUUUACCUGUCCUCUCAGCUUCAGUAUGGUGUAGUCAUUGUCUACCAUCGCCAGUGUGCUUUUCUGCUGGAGGAGGUCCAGCAGACCAUCGAGCGUUUGCUUCGCUCAAAGAGACACUUGAACAUUGACAUGCCGGACACCGAUAGGUUGGUGCUGAAUGUCCCAGACUCUCUGUUCCAGCUGGAGGAGGCAGAAUGGGCACUGGAGCCGUUUUUUGGAGUGAUGGGGGUUGACUGUGAGCCGCCUAGUCCUUACUUGUCAUCUCAGUUUAUAGAGGGCUCAUCUCCUCUGGUGGCCAGAAAGGAAAUUACAUCACCUAAAGGCCUCGUUGCUUCUUCUGAAUCAAUCACUAUCAAAGAUGCAGAGCUGGUGCCUGUGCUAGCAGCGGAGUUUGGUGGUGCAGAGUUACCUGAAGCCACGGCUCAGGAGAUCGACAUGCUCAUGGAACAGCAAGAUCAGUUCCAUCUUGGUGGCCCACACAGAAUUUUUGCCCACAGAAGUCUGCAGAAUACACUCCUAGUGGAGCAGUCUGUGCCUCCAAAGAGACGGGGUCGCAAACGGCAACUGAUCUUCGCUGACCAAAACACACAGAUUUUCCAGGAUGCAAUGCGGCAACAAAUCAACAACCCUCUGAUUGAAACUCAAUCUCUGACACUCCUAGUGGAGCAGUCUGUGCCUCCAAAGAGACGGGGUCGCAAACGGCAACUGAUCUUCGCUGACCAAAACACACAGAUUUUCCAGGAUGCAAUGCGGCAACAAAUCAACAACCCUCUGAUUGAAACUCAAUCUCUGGUGGUCAGGGAAUCUGGUGCGGCUGCUCUGGCUCUGUCUGAGCUCUCAGCUGGUUCAGACGUGCCGCUGGAUGUGUCUAAAGGAGACAAGUCUCAGAGUGACCUCAUCACUCCCACCAGCAGAUGGUCUCCUAUAGAAGAGGCUCCUGUUUCUAUGGAGGUGAUAUUAGAGGAGCAUGUAGAGCUGCCACAGGGAGAGACAGAGCCUGAGAUGGAUGCCAUCACCACUGCCGAACUUCUCCGACUGAUCAACAGCUUCAUCAAGCGCUUUGGAAAGGUUUGCAUUCACUCACUGCUGCCCCCAGAGGCCGAGCGCAGCACUGCAGCUCAUCUGUUCUACAAAACACUGGAGCUGCUCUGCAGUCUGAAGUUAAGUGCAUGUCAGACUGAAGCGUUUGGUGUCAUCACCAUUACCAUGAACCGCUGAACACACACCUAAGUGCAAACAUACGUGCUCUCAAACACGUUGAAGCUGUUCGAUUGUUUUAAACUUUUGCUGAGUGCACACACACUGUUAUGAUGAGAUAUAUUAAGCCAGUUCAGAAGUCAGUUUAAAUACACCGUUUGUAGUCUUGUAUUCAUAACAAA